CACAGAUGACUCGCACGCAGACAAGGCUGUGUUAGCCGAUAGCAUAAUGAAGACGGAGGCCACUGUCAGUAUAGUCAACGAGCAGAAGCGCAACAUGGAGUGCAUGGCCAAGACAGUGGAGUUGGCGGAAGUCCUCCACGCCCCACACAUAGUCACACUCAGCAGGGCACUUCUGGGCCAACUGAAGAUUGAUGAGGUGUCCACUGUCAAAACCAAGCGACAGGGCUCGUACAUUCACUUCUUCAACGAUGGCGUAAUGCUAUCACGCAGUUUCAAAAUGAGUAUAUCCUCGAGAUCAGCCAAGAUACUACUGUCUCCCACGAAGUACGAAUGCAUCAAAUUAAGGAAAAUCGGGAAAGUCAAAGCACCCUCUGGGGAAGUAGAAUAUCAUAUAGUAAUAGAAGCCCCCUACCAAUCACUUAAGCACAAGCGCACAUUCGCCUGUCGAACGGAGCAGGACUACGUGCAAAUAGAAACCUUUUUCGCUGAGAAAGGAAAGGGACCGCCGGUAAAAUCAGACCCUUCGAAUAGCAGAAAUGGGACCGGCAGCCCAAAACGUCCGAAAAAAGGUUCACCAACGGACUCAGAGGUGCCGAAAAAUAAUAAUCCCGCACCAAACAUAAAUAGACGGAUGGCCAAAGUAAUAACUAGGUCCGAGGUUGCGUACAGUGGCGACUUCUCGAAAGCCGAGCUGUCCAAAUUAGAACGCACCAAAAGCAGUCCUGCCGGUCCUACUUCUGGGUGCAGGAUAGUCACAAGUACCGGAAUUGCAGUCGAUCCAGACUACAUAAAGAUCUCUGGCUGUGCACGCGACGCAGCCGACCCAUUCACCUUUCUCUAUAAGAUACACAUCGGAAAGACGGCCAAUCAAUACAUCUACCGCAGCUACGACGACUUCUUCGCCAUGCACGUGCAGAUAUGUGCCGAAUACGCCACACUCAGGUCGGCCGAGAGUAUACUACCAGAACUCAUACCACCCAGGACCACACUGUCAGAGGAAGCCGCAAUGGACUUGCAGCAACCACUGGCCCAAUACUUGAUAGAUAUCAUCAAUCUACCCAGGCUGUCGAAUUCCUUAUCAAUUAUCGAGAGCUUCCUGGUGUCACCCAGCGAUGUCAAUCCGGAAGCGAGGAUGGCUCAAAACGUACAAGAAUUGCCGUUGGCGCCUUUUCCCUGGGGCCAGUGCGGCGACAACGUCUAGUAAACUCGCCGGUACCCGAGCCUCAUGCGAACGGUUACUUUCGGUUGCCUUUAGGACUAUAACGACUAAGGUUAUCGAGGGUUUAGGUGCUCUGUAUUGUAUAUCCUGAUUCCUUUCGUAGGGAGGUGCAGGAUUAAAGAGUUGUUGGAAGCCUGUCGUAAUUGAAACGGAUAACAAUGGAUGCACAAAUAUGUGAAUGUGCAAGCGGCUCGGUCUCGUCUAAACACGCUUGGACAGCUGUGAUAAGCAACAGGACUUCUCUCCAACCCUUCAGAGAUAACAUUCGAAUCGAAAUGUUUCCGAUCGAUGUCUGUACUUGAGAUAUCGGAUUUAUAACCGUGAUCUAUGUCAAUCAACGUAGAGUACACAACAGUAAGAAGAAAAAACUAAAUAAAAAGUCCCUCGCCUGGACAGUGGAGCACUGAGA